CACACUGCAAACUCGGACCUGGCAGCCUUCAUCUACUUACUCACUCAAGCGCGCAGUCGAAAGGGCCGGCUGCGAAGACAUCGGAGACUCGCAACGUGUAGUUUAUAAAGGUCUUCCUGACCUGCUUGUGAGUCAUCCAUCUUCCCCCGUCGCAUCUGCCCCGCUCAGCGACAUGACCACAGCACCUAGCGCCUCAUCAACGGUCCUUCUGCCCCCAUACACUCCGUCGACCCCUGCUCCAUCUUAUUCGUACACGCCUCGUGAGGAUGAAUGUCUCGUUGCGCAGUCUGGGCGUCACAAGCCGCAUCCGGACACCGGCACCUACCUGAAGCGGUCUGGUCGCGAUACUAUCGUUCUGACGGGGCAGGACGCAAGCGCAGCCAUCCCCACAUAUCGUAGGCGGGGUCUCAUCGCAGGGUUUCUCGAUCUGGCUGCCCGAGAGACAAUAACCGAUCUUGCAUUGAAGAUCCGCGGCAAAGUCUCGCUGCAUAUACCGGACAUGGUUCCCACCGAAUGCACGUUCUUGGACGAGUCGAUCGGGCUUUGGUCAAUGUCCGAAGAGUGUUCCCCACUCAGCCAGCUGCCCUUCGCAUACACUCUCCCAGCGUCAUUCAAAGCGGGCUCCCUCGAUCGUCCGCUGCCACCAUCAUAUUCUUCACCUCAAUCGUCAAUCGCAUACACUCUGCAGGUGACCAUCACCCGUCGGCGGACGCGCAAGUUUUUUGGCUCGCCCAAGAACACGGUGUGCAUUCCUUUUGGGUACCGACCACGCACUCGGCCGGGACACUCCACCCAAUCGUUUGUCGCAGGUUUCCUCCAAGACGUCAAGACCAUGCCAGAAGAGUGGCGCGAACACGCACACCGUGUCACAGGCAAGGCCAAGGCGGACGUGAAGCCGCUGGACUUGCAACUUUACAUCCCCUCCAGUGGUGUCUUUGCACUGGAUGAAUCGAUCCCCUUCCAUGUCCAGCUGACUGGUGCCGUUUCUUCCCUCCAAGAGGUCUACCGCGCGGAUGUGCAGAAAGGGCAGCGUCUCGUGGAGGUCAAGAUUGUGCGGCAGACGCUCGUCACAAUAAACGGCAUGCGGACUGCCGUGCUGCAAUCGGUCAUUGGUAGAGCUGACCUGGUCUCGCUCCCACCCGGUGCUGGUGCAGAGGACAAUGAGGUGGACGGUUCCGCCAGUCUCGACUGGUCUGGUGACCUGCGCGUGAAUGGAGAUGUGGAGGUCGCCUCUUUCGAUGCGGGGAUUGUGAGGAUGCAGGACUUCAUCGUGGUGGAGCUCGGCCCCAGCGCGAACUUCGAGCGCGUUCGGCAUUCUCAUUCGAUACGCUUGGUGACAGAUGCUUGGGACACAUAAGCUCGCGUCGGCCGAUCGACCUGGCAUUCCGGAGAUUCCUCCAAGACCGAUGCCACCAAAAUACAACUCUUCUCGGUUCCAACUUCCGGGCGGGUUCCAAUCCACACUGCGCUGACAGAAUGGUCUUUGUGAUGAUCUCCUCUUGAUAGAAGACGCUGCUUCAGUGUGUGUCUUAGAACCGUUGGGCAUCGAUCGUCAGCGUACUCAUGUCCGAACCGUUUGAUCUAUACUUCGAUACUGUUUCAGGCGAUGUCCCCUGAGCUGCUGCUCAUAGCAAAGUAGACGUUACGUAUAUUUUUCAAGGAAUGCGACCAUCCUGAUUGACCGUAUGCGUCGGUCUCAGCUUUCUGUCUGC